AGUCUGCAUUCUGAAAUAAGUGAAUUUUAAGUUAACACAAUGAAUGUUGUUGGUUAUAUUUGUGAUUUAUGUGGGGAUGAGGGACAAAAUAAUUGGUGCAGAGAUAAAAAAAAAAGAUGAGAUCAUGUUGGGCAUUAAAAACACCCGACACCUCCCUCCCUGAAGUUUGGGCCUUGAUUUUUUUGCCUUUAAACAACCAGUGGCUUGUUGAAUUGGAGGAAGCUGCCUUUUCUUCCUCAGGAAACUUGCAGAGGAAACAAAAAGAUUCGGAGAGCCCAUUUUACUACAGACCACUAAGAUCACUGGAGAAAAAGAAGAACCGGGUUUGAUCUGUUCCAUAAGUACAGAACUAACCACUGUACUGGUGCGGUGGUGUCAAAGGGGGUUUUGGUUGGUUCCGUUCCUCCCUUGAUACUGAGACAGGGGAUGGACAUCUUUCUUUCAUUAGGACUGAUGCUUUUGUGUGUUCAAUGCUCAGCUCAGAAACUCUCACCAACGGGGAAGAAUGUCUGCUUGAAUCCCAGAGACUCUUCUGCCAUAUGUUGUUCUGAAUGGAGCCAGCAGGGUGAUGAAUGUACAGUCCCACUCUGUGAGGGAGAGAGAGCUUGUCUACAGGAUGAAGUGUGUGUUUACCAUGGACUCUGCCGAUGCAAACCUGGAUUUUAUGGGUACCAGUGCAAAACCCCAUGCCCUCCUGAGUUUUGGGGGCCAGACUGUCGGGAACUCUGUCCCUGCCACCCUCAUGGGUUGUGUGACCCAGUAACAGGCAAGUGCUCAUGCUUUCCUAACCGCUGGGGCAACCAGUGCAAAAACAAAUGUAAAUGUUGGCCUCAUGGGAAAUGUGACCCCGUCUACGGCAACUGCACCUGUGACGAGGGCUGGUGGACAUCUACAUGUUCAAAACCCUGUCAGUGCCACUCUGGCACAUCCACUUGUGACCAAGCCACAGGCCGCUGUCUGUGCAAUGAGCUCUACUGGGGCCAAAGGUGCAGUUUGAGGUGCAACUGCUACGUGUCUCCUUGCCAGCAGCGCACUGGGGAAUGUCAGUGUAUCAAUGGUUGGUGGGGUCCGUCCUGCGACCGCCGCUGCAUCUGUGAUCUCAGCCAUGCCGACUGUCUCCCGUCAAAUGGCACCUGUUUGUGUCACCCGGGUUACAAGAGCCCUUUUUGCCACGAACCCUGCAGUGAAGGAAAAUAUGGACGAGGAUGUGAGAAGAGUUGUGGACACUGCGCGGGUGGCAGGCCUUGUUCUAAACAGGAUGGCCUGUGUGAUGCGUGUGAACCAGGAUGGAACGGCACUCGCUGUGACCAACGCUGUCCAGAAGGUUAUUAUGGUCAUCACUGUCAGGAGGUUUGCCCAAAAUGCAGAAACAAAGAGCCAUGUAUCCCGGAGACUGGAGUGUGCUUACGCUGUGACCCUGGCUGGACUGGACUAAGAUGUGACAAACCCUGCACAGAUGGCUCCUACGGAGAUGGUUGUCGAUUCCUGUGUAAAACCUGCUAUCACGGCCACUGUGAUCAUGUGACAGGAAGUUGCAUGUGUCUUCCUGGCUUCCAGGGUGAGAGUUGUAACAACACGUGCCCUGUUCACCUGUACGGUGUCAACUGCUCUUUUGUAUGUGACUGUGGGAAUCUCGCCUGCCAUCCAACCACAGGGGCUUGCCCACACAGUAGCAGGGCGGGUCUCUUAGCCGGGCUUUUGAUCCCCCUGCUUGUUUUAAUACUUGCCUUGUUGUUCUGCUGCUGCUGUUGUGGAGGGCCAGUCCAAGGGAAGGAAGGUGUGGCGGUUGGGGAUGGGAGUCCUGCAGUCCGCAUGAAGCAUCAUGUUUACACUGUGCUGGCCAACAUGACUUCAGCCAUGCCUUGUAUCUCCAUGUGGUCGUCUGGUCUACCUAGAGUUACAGUGUCUCAUCAUGAUCCUGAGCUCACCUUUAACCACAGCUUCAUUGAACAGCCAUCGUCUGGUUGGGUGAUCGAUUCGUUUGAAACUGAUGAUGAUGGAGAGGCUAUCUACUGUGAACCUCCUAGAGAAGAUGUUCUAACUGUGGCCGGUGGGGAACUCCAGGAGCUGAACUCCAAGUGUAACUUCUUCCUUGACCCGUCAAACUUCAGCACUGAGGACAUGUCCCAAGCCUUCGGUAUCCCACGUACUUCCAGCAUCGCCAAAUCCAAACGCCCUUCAGUCUCCUUUGCCGAAGGCACGAAGUUCAGCCCUAAGGAGCGCCGCAGCUCCACCCAGGAUCUGCCUGGUUCUGUCCGAAAACCCAAAACUUGGGGGGUCCUGAUGCUCUCGGCCCUCCAGGGAGGUCAAGGAAACCACAGUGAGGAAGACGCAAAAAAGGCAGAAGAGAAAAAUGAGGAGAACAUCUCCUCUGAGGAACAAGGAGCUACCACUGAGACACCAGAAGCCGGCUCGGAAAGAUACAGCUCUGGUCCUUCAAGAACUCUUGUUAAUGUUCCCAGUGGGAGGCGGCGAACCCUUUCCAACACAAGAAAAAACGCCCACCCUCAAAGCUCCUCUGACGGGGGACAAGAAACAGAUUCAGAUGCAGAGAAACUGACAACGGUGUAUGUGACUGUAGGCAAGACCCCAAAUAUGGCAAAACAAGAGUCCAGCUCAGAGGGGCCUGUGCAGGCAAUGCUGCGCAGACUGGGCAGCCUCCAGAGACAGAAAGAGAUGGCCGCCCAGCCCAAAGGCAGGGGACAAGCGAUUGCCAAGCCUCCGAGGAGGAAGCUGGGAGCACGGGCCAGCGAGUGGGAGCAAACCACCGGGUCAGGCAACGCGGAGGUGGUCAUGAGGAAACCUAGUCGCAAGAAGCGCCUCAGCUCUCCCUGUAUAGUGCAGACUACAGACUUUCCUCAGGACAACAGCGCCCCCAAGAGGCCCCUGUCCUCCAUUUUAAAAAGUGUUCCAGAGAGUGAUGUGCCUAGGUCUUUGUUGGAACAAGACAGUCAAACAGAUGCUCCAGGAGAGCAUGAAUAUGAGACUGUGGCUCCAUCGGAUGGAGUCUCCACCUCUUCUGAGGUUAUUAUCAAUGAGACAGUUGUGGGCCAAGCAGAAAUUGAACCUAGUUAUGAGAAUGUUUAUGUAAAACAUUCAUAAUGUUUAUGUAAAAAC